ACACUGUGAUCUUCGAUGGAAACUCCACACUUGACAUUUUGUGACGUUUGUAUAGUUACCGUGUGCCAUUUAUCUUUACUCUGGACGUUGAGGACGCUCAGCGCUUACUUGUUGCGACCGGCUGUUAUUCUCUUAGUUCUCGCUGCCUUCUUUCCCCUUACCCUGUUCUUUGCGUCAUACUGAGGCCUGGUCCACCGAUUCUGCCUUGCCUCCCCCAUUCUUUUGGCUUUGGAAUCAGGUGUCGUUCUUCUGCGCUUCCUUUCUUUUAUUUAUUGCCCCUUUCCUUCGUUCUUCCAACAUGCUCUCAUUUGCGCGACGCCGGUUUUUGGAUGGACUAGAUAGGAGGUAUAUUUAUGGUCGUGUGCCCUUACUUCACGCUAUAAUUUUUCUAAUUGAGAUGGUGAUCGCCGCGCGGCUGGCAGCCAAAUUCAACUCCUAUUAUGCGGAGAGGCCGGUGUUGACUACUAUGGUCACCAACGCUGUGCUUGGUGGAGUCGCAGACACCGUUGCACAGUUGAUCUCGGGCUACAGAUCCCAAGUACCAACUAGAGAAGAAACAGACAGCGAUCUGAUCUCGAUCGAGAUUCAUGAGCUCGAUAAGAGAAAGCCACCUGCUGUGGGAGAAUUGGACUUUGCGAGCAAUCGGCCACCACCAUUUGACUUUGAGAGGCUUACCCGCUUCAUGUCCUAUGGUUUCUUCAUGGCACCCAUCCAGUUCCAGUGGUUUGGGCUUCUGUCGCGAACAUUUCCACUCACAAAAAAAAACCCGACUAUACCGGCUCUGAAACGGGUCGCGGCGGACCAGUUUCUAUUUGCGCCGUUCGGUCUGGUGUGUUUCUUCACUUAUAUGACUAUUACGGAAGGUGGUGGUCGACGGGCCCUGGCUCGCAAAUUUCAGGAUGUAUACAUCCCGACUCUCAAAGCCAACUUUCUCAUCUGGCCUGCAGUUCAGGUUCUAAACUUCCGGGUCGUACCUAUCCAGUUCCAAAUUCCCUUUGUAUCCGUGAUAGGUAUUGCCUGGACCGCAUACCUUUCUUUGACCAACUCUGCCGAGGAAGAGUAGAGAACUCCUAUCUCGACGUUCACAGCAAACUUAUUGAUUAACGCUUACAUUUAUUCCUAUGUUUGUAUCUUUCGUUAUUUUUUUUUAUUUUUUUUUUUUUCUGUUGGUUUGUUUCUGCAGGUCUUUUAUUUUUAUCGAGGCACAGGCGUUAUAUAUAUUUCUGGUGUGUUCGGUUUGCUAUAGUGUAUCAAAAGGAUUCUUCCAUUUUCUCUUAUUUCGUGUCGGUUAUCUUUAGAGUCAAAUUCAUAAAUUGACCUCUGAUUUGGAGUUGGAUGAAUACUCAAAAAACCUGGAAUUCAAUGGGGUAUCCUAGAUGAACAUUGUGGAAAUGUGGUAUAGUAUAAAAUUAUUUGCUAUUACCUCAACAGUUGGGUCGGUAGCUCAGUGGUAGAGCAUCAGAUUGCAAUGUGCCAAUAAGUAGCCAAUUAUCUGGUGGUCGCGAGUUCGAUCCUCGCCCGGCCCUUUUUU